AUGAAAGCAAAGGACCUGCUGAAAAUUGAUGGUCGAUCAUGGGAUAGAUAUUUGUUGGAUGGUCUUCCGGCGCCUUAUGAUGUCUCCCGAAUUUUGCAAGUGCCGGUGGCUUUAGUAGGGGCUCUGGCGGACUGUCGUAUUUGGCAUUAUUCUAGUGAUGGUCAAUAUUCGUUCAUACCAUGUAAGGCUCGUCUUUUGGAGAAAGGAGUGGUGCUUCCGUUGGAUUGUAGCACUUGUGGUGAACCUGAGGAUUUGGACCAUAUUUUCCUCCGCUGUUCGCGUGCUGUAUACUAUAGGUAUGGCAGCAGGCUGGAUUCACUGUUCAGUAUGCUACUGUUCUUGAUUUUGUUGAACAGCAGCUUGGGGGGGGGGGUUGAAGCGGGGCAUGAACGAGAUCGUCUGCUUACACUUCUUUGGAGCAUCUGGUAUCAUCGUAAUCUUCUCUGCUGGCAGCAAAAGGUGGUGCCCGUUUCCCAUGUUGUUUUCUUCGCUGAAGCGUAUUUGAUGGAGUGGAGGGAGACCACAGGAUUGCAUGAUCGGGUCCAGCCGCAGCUGUCUUUCACGCCGAGGGUGCUGCUAACUGGCAGCCGCCGCCUGCAGGAAGCCGCGGACUGGGCUGCUGUUCUCCGUGACUGGCGUGGUGAUUUAGUUGCAUGCGGUACGGGUUAUCUUGGCGCGAGUUUGUCUCCUUUGCUGGCGGAGUCAAUGGUGCUACGAGAGGCACUCUCAUGGCUCCACUCGUUGGCCGUUGAUCGGGUCGUGAUCAAGUCGGAUUCCUGUACACUGGUCCAAGCUUUAUUUGGUCGGAAUGCUUGCUCUGCUGAUUGGGUAAUCUAUUUAGCCGACCGUCACAUUCUUAAGGAGCACUUUAGUAUGGUUUCCUUUCAAUGGAUUCGAAGGCUUGCAAAUCGGGUGGCGCAUACCUUUGUCUCGUGCUGCGUUGACUAG